AACACCGCUUACGGCCGCGAGCACCAGCUCGCCUCCUCGCUCGACGUGGAGUCCUUUUCGCCGCUCGCGGCCGGUCACCGAGUACGAGGACGUGAAGACCUACAUCGACCGCGUGGCUGACGGCGAGACCUCGGCGCUGCUGGGCGACGGCGAAAGCAUAGAGAUGUUCACGAUGACGUCCGGCACGACGGGCGUCCACAAGCGGUUCCCUCUAACGGCGGCGGAGGCGAAGCGCGCUGUUCGCGGCUGGAUGUUCAGCCCGACGCACCUGGCGCUCUGGCGCGACGUGGCACCGUGGAAUCUGCAGCGAGAGAUGUUCGUGAAGGAGGGCGAGCCCGAGUCCCUCUAUGUGCACGCGCUGUUUGGGCUGCGCGACCGAGACCUUAGAUGUAUCAACUCAAUCUUCCUCUACAGCGUGCUGAGCUUGACCAAGCGGAUGCAGGAGCAGCAGGCGGACCUGGUGGCCCGACUCCGGCCGUGGUCGGCUGAAGACGAUCUCGCCAUCCCUGCCGCCGUACGUGCGCAGCUCGAGACCCAGCUGAAGCCGCUGCCUGCGCGCGCUGACGAAGUGCAGGCACGCGACCUGUCUACACCCUUCUGCCUUAAAGCGGCCUUCUUCGAGUUCCUGCCGGUGGUGGACGACCGGAUCCAGGAACUGGCGGAGAUCGGUCGGCAGGAGCCGCUGCUGGCCGACCAGCUGCAGGAAGGCGGCGAGUACGAGCUGCUUGUCACCACCAGGGGUGUCUGCUAUACGGCGCAGAAGGCGUUCACACCAUCUGGCCGCGAGAUGGGGAGCGUCUGGUCCGUCCCAGCGACGCUCGUCGCCGCCCCGCUGCUGGUGCUGCUGGCUGCUGUCGCCGAUGUCAUGCGGCGCGGCUGCUCCGCCGAUCUGACCUGGCCGCAGGCCCUCAGGCUGCAUGCGCUCAAGGUCAUUCACUCACUGCAAAUACACUGGGCGUACCGUCAGUUUCUGGCGGACACUCGGAACUUCGAAAAGGUUCAGGAAACACUGCUGAUCAGCAUCGUCCGCGGUCACCAGAACACCGCUUAUGGCCGUGAGCACCAGUUCGCCUCCUCGCUCGACGUGGAGUCCUUCCGCCGCUCGCGGCCGGUCACCGAGUACGAGGACGUGAAGGCCUACAUCGACCGCGUGGCCGACGGCGAGACCUCGGCGCUGCUGGGCGACGGCGAGAGUAUAGAGAUGUUCACGAUAACGUCCGGCACGACGGGCGUCCACAAGCGAUUCCCUCUGACGGCGGCGGAGGCGAAGCGCGCUGUUCGCUGUUGGAUGUUCAGCCCGACGCACCUGGCGCUCUGGCGCGACGUGGCGCCGUGGAGCCUGCAGCGCGAGAUGCUCGUGACGAUAGCGCGGCCAGCGCGGCUGCAGCAUCCGAUCACGGCGUCCGGUCACCGACAGGACGGCGUCGGUACUCUUGUAGCCAAAGCGAUCAGCCCUAUCGAUCGCUUCAGCACUCCGCUGGCGGCGUUUGGCAUCGAGAGCGAGCCCGAGUCGCUGUACGUGCACGCGCUGUUUGGGCUGCGCGACCGAGACCUCAGAUGCAUCAACUCAAUCUUCCUCUACAGCGCACUGAGCCUGACGAAGCGAAUGCAUGAGCAGCAGGCUGACCUGGUGGCCGACCUCCGCCGUGGUCGGCUGAAGGACGAUCUCGCCAUCCCUGUCGCCGUACGUGCGCAGCUCGAGACCCAGCUGAAGCCGCUGCCUGCGCGCGCCGACGAAGUGCAGCAGGCGUUCGCAGGGGGACUGACCGGCCUUCUACCGCGCCUCUGGCCGGAGCUGCGGUUCGUCAUGGGCGCGUUCGCCGGGCUGACGAACGCAGCUUAUCACCGUGAGAUGGCGCUGUACGCUGGCAACGUGCCGGUGAUCGCGCAGGUGUACGGCUGCACAGAGGUCGGCCUCGUGGCCGCCAUCACAGAUUUCCGGCGCCCCGAGCGACCCGUCUACACCCUUAUGCCUAAAGCGGCCUUCUUCGAGUUCCUGCCGGUGGUGGACGACCGGAUCCAGGAACUGGCGGAGAUCGGUCGGCAGGAGCCGCUGCUGGCCGACCAGCUGCAGGAAGGCGGCGAGUACGAGCUGCUUGUCACCACCAGGGGUGGUUUGUGUCGCUACAGACUCGGAGACGUUGUCCGCUUCGCCGGGUACUUCAACCGCACACCACAGGUGGAAAUAUUAUACCGGUGA